AUGAUCGGACAAGGUGGGUACGCAAUUGUGAGAGUUGUCAAGCAUAAGGUAACCGGAAGAGUGUUUGCGUUGAAGCAGAUUGCGAAAUGCGACUUCCAGCAUCCCAGUCAACUGCGAAUGGCGGUGACCGAAGCGGAGAUUUUACAUAGUCGACUGUGCGAUAGAAAGGUUCUACCUACGGGAGACAUAGCUCGGCAGGUGAUGUUAUAUGGACGUGAGUAUUUUCCAGACUUUUACGGUGCUUGGCAUGAUGCGCACUUCAUAUAUUUCCUUAUGGAGUAUUUGCCGGGUGGCGACUUAAUGAAGCAUUUAAUGGAUUUCGAAAUAUUCCCAGAGGAUGUUACCAAAUACUACAUUGCCCAGCUAGCUGUAGCUGUAGGCUACCUACAUGAGACCCUAGGAUAUGCCCAUCGUGAUCUAAAACCGGACAAUAUACUAUUUGAUGUUAAUGGGAACGUAAAGUUGCUUGACUUUGGUUUGUCUAGAGCACUACCCCCUCAAGACCCCCAUACAAUGAGACGAGCGAUGACGGAGAGGUUCCGUUCUGCUGUUGGCACGCCAGAUUAUAUGGCCCCAGAGGUUCAUCGAGCGGAACAUACCCAUACCCGAACGGUUGACUGGUGGUCCUUAGGAAUAAUUAUGUACGAAAUGCUAUAUGGAGGACCUCCUUUGUCAGAUCGACACCACAGACCUGAGCAGACUGCUCGACUUAUUAGACAGUAA